AUGGUGUUGAGGGAAGCCCAAUGGGAGCUAGAGAGUGAAGAUGAGACUUGCGAGGAGGAAGAGAAUCAAGAAGCAUAUGGUGAUGAGGAAGUAGAGUAUGCUGAUGUUUGGGAGAUGUUAGUGGUCAGAAGAACCUUAAGUGCAGUUGUAACAAAAAAGGAAGAGCAAAGAGAGAACAUCUUCUAUACCGGAUGCACUAUUCUCAAUAAGGUAUGUAAUGUCAUUAUUAAUGGUAGUAGUUGUACUAAUGUUGCUUCUAUUAUCUUAGUGGAGAAACUUAAUUCGUCCAUCUUAGUGCAUCCUCAUCCUUAUAAAUUGCAAUGGUUGAAUGAUGAUGGUGAUGUUAAAGUGAAUAAGCUAGUAGUUGUUCCUUUCUCCAUAGGCAAGUAUAAAGAUGAAGUUGUGUGUGACAUUGUGCCUAUGAAUGCUAGUCAUUUGUUGUUAGGGAGGCCAUGGCAAUUUUAUAGAAGGGCUGUGUAUGAUGCAUUUAAAAAUACUUAUUCUUUUAUGAAGGAUGGGAAAAGAAUUGUAUUAACCCCUCUUAUUCCUCCUAUGGUGGCUGAACUAUUGGAAGAAUUUAGAGAUAUUUUUCCUAAAGUGAUGCCAGAAAGACUACCUUCCCUUCGUGGCAUUGAGCAUCAAAUUGAUUUAAUUCCUGGAGCAGCAUUACCAAAUAGACCAACCUACAGAAGUAAUCCGAAAGAGGCUAAGGAGUUGCAUAAACAAGUCAUGGAGCUGUUGAAAAAGGGCUAUGUUCAUGAAUCCAUGAGCCCAUGUUCUGUUCCAGCUUUAUUAGUGCCCAAAAAGGAUGGUUCCAUGCUUAUGUGUGUUGAUAAUAGGGCCAUUAACAAAAUCACUAUAAAGUAUCGCUAUCCCAUUCCUACCAUGUCACACAUUACCCCUCUGAGUUUUGAAGAUCAUCUCAAGCAUCUAAGGGCUAUUUUUGAAGUUCUACACCAAGAAAAGUUGUAUGCGAACAUCAAGAAGUACAUUUUUUGCCACUAUCAAGUCACAUUCCUUGGCUUUGUGGUAUCCAAACAUGGCAUGGAGGUAGGCAAAGGGAAGGUGCAAGCAAUACUAGAAUGGCCAGUACCAACUACAAUCUUGGAGGUGAGAAGUUUUCAUGGCUUAACCUCUUUCUACAGGAGGUUUGUAAAGAAUUUCAGCACCAUCAUGGCCCCUAUAACAGAGUGCUUAAAGAAGGAAGGGAAAUUUAAUUGGAGUGAAGCUGCCCAAAAGAGUUUUGAACUCAUCAAAGCAAAACUAAACUCUACUCCAAUACUUGUAUUGCCGGAUUUUUUGAAGACCUUUGAGGUAGAAUGCGAUGCUUCCAGAGUGGGAAUUGGGGUUGUUCUAAUGCAAGAAAGGCGUCCCAUUACUUAUUUCAGUGAAAAGUUGAAUGGAGCUAGUUUGAACUACUCAACCUAUGAAAAAGAGUUUUAUGCUCUUGUUCGUGCCUUGGAGACUUGGCAACACUACCUCUUGCCAAGAGAGUUUGUUGUCCACACAGACCAUAAGUCCUUGAAGCACCUAAAAGGACAAAGUAAGCUAAACAAGCGGUGUGCCAAAUGCGUGGAGUUUCUUGAAUCAUUCCCAUAUGUAAUCAAGUAUAUGAAGGGACACCCCAACAUUGUGGCCGAUGCAUUAUCUAGGAGGUAUGCCUUAAUCUCUUUGCUAAAUACUAAGUUUUUGGGAUUUGAAUUGAUGAUUAAGUAA